UAUUUACGUCCAAAUGCUCAAUAUAUUGGUGAACAACAAUCUGGAAAAUCAAGAUUUCAUAUAAAGGUUGAAUUUAAAACAGUUGAUCUUAUUAAUUCAAUUGUUACUGGAUUUCUUCAAAUCUCAGGACUUACUGAAAAUCAUUCAGAAAUUAUAACUUGUUUUAAAGAUCAUAAUAAUCAUAAUGAACAAAUUAUUCGUAAAUAUUCAUUUAUAACUGAAAAUAAACAAUGGGGUUCAUAUAUUAAGAAUGAUUUUGAACAUUGGAAAAAAUUAUCAAAUAUGUCUGAUUUAUCUGAUGAAGAAUUACAACAACGACUUAUACGGAUUCAAAAUGGUGAAGAAGAUAAUGAAUUCAUAUAUAUGAGAUGGAAAGAAGAAUUUCUUUUACCUGAUUCAAGAGUUAAACAAAUUAGUGGUGCAUCAUUUGAUGGAUUUUAUUAUAUUGUACUUAAUAUUGGUCAAACAAGUUCAAUUGGUGAAAAUAAUCCCAAUAUGAUUCCUGGUUCAAUUAGUGGUUUAUACUAUCAUAAAUCUUCAGAAAAAUUUCAAUCUUUAAGUCUUAGAUAUGUUGAUGAUCGUGGUAUAUCAGGAUCAUUUGAAUUUGUUUGA